GUCGAAGUCUUUGAAAAUUAUUUAAUUUGAUAUUUUAAUAUUAUGAAGUACUGGUUCGCGUGACUAUGCGGAAGUUUGACGAUAAAGUUGAUGCUUUAGUCAUCCAGUCUCAAGCGUAAAGAUAGCCGGAAAAGGAACUCAGAUAAAACCGCAACAUCGUCGGGUCUCUCACACGAGUACUAGUUUUAAUUAAACGAGUCUCCGUCGUUAUUUUCUCUGAACCUAAAAUAAUAAAUUAUUCUUGAAUUAUUUACGUAACUGGAAACAAUUUUGCAUUCAUGGGAUUUCAAUUCGGGCGAUCAGAGGGUUUUCCCUCACAAUACUCCGAGAAUCACACCCCAGUGACAGUAGAUGUGACCGAAACCAUCCUGAUCACCGUUUUUGUGAUCAUCUCGAUUGCAUACAUCUGCAUCGUACCAGGCUAUCGGAAGAAGCAAAGUAUUUAUGUAGCUAUAAAGGUCGGCUUCAGCAUCAUCAUUGGAUGCUUGUUAAUAGUAGAAAACUUUGGUCAAGAAUGGGAAUACGGUAGCACAAAAAGCAAAACACCUUAUCGGGCUGGUAUAGGCCAAGAAAUCAAUGCUCAAAUGGUAGUCAAGAUAGGACUGAGAUCGGUGAACAUCACGCUGAAAGCCAAACCGGAAGAAGGUACGCCACUAGCAAAAGAAACGAUCGAUUACAACGAGAGAUUUCCCUGGACAUGGGACCAAGGCAUAAUCGGAUUUGGACCCUAUGCUGGAUUGUUGCAAAGGACUUUCCGUGAAGGCCAACGAAAGGGCUUGCCUAUUCCUAUUUUAUGGAUCGCUGAGUAUUUCGUCAUCGAUGGGGAAGGCAUUCGAUUUGGAAGAUUUUAUCGAACCGCCGGGUGGUACUGUCACAUCUUGUUAUGGACUGCUUUUGCCUGCUGGAUAUUGGCCAAUAUAUUCUUGCAAUCCGUGAGUCGUUACGCCGCUUAUCUACUUGGCUUGAUCGGAGGCUUACAAUUGUUAACUUGUUUCGUAUGGGUCUGCGUGCAUAAUCCAAUUCCACUUGUGAUUCCUUUCGAGGAUGGUGUUAUUAAGAUUACAUUGGGCCAACAUUUCUGGAUGACUUUUGGAUGUGGCCUACUUUGCAUUUUUUUAUCCAUCAUAAUGAUAUUUAUGGAUUUACGUUAUCCAAAUACGUUGUCCACGUUUUUACAAAUAGAUCCUCUCGGCCAAUACGACGAAUGUAUAAUACAACAUUCGAUAAAAAAUGAAAAUGCCAUUCAUUUUAAUCAACAAAAAGCUGUCAAGUACUUAGACAAUGAACUGCGUAAAAAAGGGCAUAUAGACGAUUCAAUGGAAAUGACUUCGCUAUCUUCACAAAACAUGGGAAUGAUAGUAUUAAAAAGACGAUCAACCAUACAAAAUGCACAAAAGUCACUCUUCCGCGCACCAGUUCCCAUGAAAAUGGAAAUCUACGAGGAUGUAUCCGUUUAUGAAAACCAGGAUAUCGCUGGAUCAUCCAAGACUGCGCCUAAAAUGGAAAUACACAACGAGGAGGAAGAAGAGAAAGAAGAAAUCAAGCCACCACCAAUUCCGAAAAAGAAGAAAAUAAAGAUUCGUCCUUAAAUGCCAAAUGGCAGUCUACGACGAAUUUAGAUGAUCAAUGCCUAUGGAUUACUAUUCUGAAAGAAGCUCAAUGUAGUAAAUGUAUAUCCAUAUAUUUUUUACUGUACCAAUACACAGCGAUAGAAGCAGGUAGAUAUCUUGUUGAACUUAACGAAGAGCUUGAAAUUGUGAAUAAAGUCUUUGUCUAGCUUUCCGA